AUGGAAUUACUAGUGGAUAAGGCUAAAAUUGCAAGCAUCUCGAAAAGAAUUGGACUGCCUUGGUAUGCAACAGUCGCUGCGAUGGAAAAAUAUCAGAAACUUUGUAAAACCACGGAUCUCACCUGGGUCGACACGGAAGACAUUGAGAUAUACGCACUUUUUCAGACGUGCAAAUCUCUUGAGAUCAACGUAAACGAAAACACAGGGUUUUUCUUGAGUGACUUUCUUAACACACUUCAAACAAACGACGUCAUCAGCGAGGCACGUUCAUCACAACUUAACUUUUUCAUCACAUCGUCAGAACUCGCAAUAUCUCAACUGACAAAUUUUGAUUUUAUCGUUCGCGAUCUCUCUGUUUCACUUUCCAAACUUUCAGCAUCAAGUAUCCAAGAACUUCUUACCACUUUGGAUAUGCAAAAGUUCUCAACAACACUCGAACUCCUCUUCUUGAACGAUACCACCGUAUUUUCAGAUAACGAAAUUUUGUUGGGUGUGUUGAACCACAUGUUGCAGUACAGUUAUUCGCAAAAGACAAAGAAGGAUAUUGCCUUCCUUCUCUCCAAGAACUCUACAAACACUUUUCUUUUUUCCCAAAUUUCUGGUCUUAUCAAUACUGUCGUUCCACAAUCACAAUCUCUCCCAGAUUUUGAGUUGUCUGCUGCUGAAAGCCGGCCGGAAAUAGCCCGCUUUUUUGUGUCGUACCCGUCGACGUGUACCGGUUCUCUCACUAGUAUGGGAAAAAUAGAAAACUUAUUGCGAGCCGAUGCGGAUCGUGAGAUUAUUGUGUGCAAUUACGUUUUGUUUGAGUUUCUGUUGACUGACAAGAAAGUUGAAGUUUGGUGCAGAAAGGGGGGAGUGGAGUUGGUUGAUUUUUCGUUUUGUCACAAACCGUAUGUCUCUCACUCAUUUUAUUUUGUAGAUGACAUUACCAACUUUAUGGAAAACGCAAGGUGCGUUGUCCAGACAGACGACUUUGUGAGGACGUGCAAAAAUUAUAUAGUUGUCCAAAACGAAAGUGUUUCGUUGAGUGAGGAGCAAAAAAGUGAAUUUAAAAAAUGUGUGGAAGAACAAUACCAAAUCAAAAAAUCGUUUUUCAUGAAAGAUGCGAUAUUGAGGGAUGAGGUCAAAGUUCAAUUUCUCAAAUUUAGUUUGGGAAGAGAUCAUUUCACCAAAUUGAUACAAUCACUCUUUUAA